CUUUAGUUUAAUUAUAGCAUAAAUAAAUUAAUAAAAUAAUGGGAUGAUGAUGAUUAUUAAAGUCAUCAAAGUGAAACAAAAUAAUACUUGUCUUUCAGAUCUGAGUUUUCAACUUACCAAGAUAAUGAAUGGCUUCAGCUUAAUUUGUACUCGCUAACUUCAUUUCAAAGGUUAUUGUUUCUAUUUAACAAGUGCUUGCUUAGUUAGAGAUCAUUCGUUUCUGCAAACUGUUUCAACCUAUUUUCUAUUGCUCUUCUAAGAGAACAUUUUGUUUCCGCUGUUUCUAAAGAGUUUCAGAUCAACUCAAGUCACAAGGAAGAGGAGGAAAAACGAGAAUCAAUGGACAUUUUAAUUUCUGUUGUUGGAAAGGUAGCAGAGUAUACUGUUGCUCCUAUCGGACGUCAAGCUAGUUACUUGAUAUGCUACAAAGCCAAUUUCAAAACGUUAGCUGAUCAUGUCAAAGAUCUUGAAGAUGAAAGAGAAAGAAUGAUGCGUUUGGUUGAAGAAGAGGAGAGAAAAGGUAAAACAAUUUUUCAAGGUGUGGAGAGCUGGAUUGAGAAUGUGAAGGAGAUCACUGAAAAAGCGAAUCACCUUCAAAACGAUCCUCGCCAUGCCAAUGUUAGGUGCUCAGCAGCAUGGCCGUUUCCUAAUUUGAUUUCGCGUCAUCAACUAAGUAGGAAAGCCACAAAAAUUGCAAAAGAUGUUGUUCAAGUUCAAGGAAAAAAGAUUUCUGAUCCAGUUGGUUUCCUUCCUGCUUUAGAUGGAGUCGCCUCUUCCUCCUCAACAAGAGGUGAUGAAAAAUAUGAGACUAGGGAGUCACUCAAGCAGAAGAUUAUGAAGGCUUUAAAAGACCCUAAUUCAUGCAACAUUGGGGUGUAUGGGUUGGGUGGGGUGGGUAAGACCACUCUGGUGAAGGAUGUUUUUCAAAUAGCCAAGCAACAAAAAUUGUUUGAUGAAGUGGUUAAAACACAUGUAUCCAAAAAUCCAGAAUUGAAAACAAUUCAAGGGGAGAUUGCAGAUAUGUUGGGUCUGCGAUUCCUUGAGGAGACUAUUCAAGGCAGAGCUGAUCGACUGAGACAGAGAAUCAAGAAAGAGAAAAGUAUCCUUAUCAUUCUAGAUGAUAUAUGGACCGUAAUUGAUUUGAAGGAAGUGGGAAUUCCAUUAAUUGAUGAGCAUAAUGGUUGCAAAUUGUUGAUGACAAGUAGAAAUCAAGACGUGUUGGUGCAAAUGGACGUUCCAGAGGAUUUCGCUUUCAAACUUGAACUUAUGAGUGAAAAAGAGACAUGGAGCUUGUUUCAACUUAUGGCUGGUGAUGUGGUUAACAAUAGGGAUUUGAAAGAUUUUGCAAUUCAGGUUGCCCAAAAAUGUGCAGGUUUGCCUCUUAGUAUCACUACGGUAGCGCGUGCAAUGAAAAAUAAGAGGGAUGUCCAAUAUUGGAAAGAUGCAUUAAGGAAAUUACAAUGUAAUAAUCACGAAGGGGUGCAUGCGACAAGUUAUUAUGCUCUGGAGUUGAGUUACGACUCAUUGGAAAGUGAUGAAGUUAGGGAUCUAUUCUUGCUAUAUGCUUCAAUUCCAAAUCAAAAUGUUGAGUAUUAUCUGAAAGUUGCAAUGGGUUUGGACAUAUUAAAUGAUGUUAAAACCAUUGAUGAUGCAAGAAACAAACAUUACACAAUAAUCAAAUCUUUGGAGGCGAGGUGUCUUUUGCUUGAAAGUAAAACAAGCGGAUUGAUCAUAAUGCAUGACGUUGUUCGUGAUUUUGCUACCUCCAUAGCACGUAGAGAUAAACAUGUAUUUUUAAGGAAAUUUGCUGAUGAGGAAUGGCCAACCAAUGAUCUUUUAAACAGGUGCACCCAAAUCAUUCUACAUAGGUGUCAUCAUAUGGACGAGCUUCCACAAAGGAUCGAUUGUCCAUGCAUUAAAUUUUUCUAUUUGUGCAGUGAGAAUCGAUCUUUAGAAAUCCCUCAUACAUUUUUUGAGGAUAUGAAAAGCCUUAAAAUGCUAGAUUUAACAUCUUUGAACUUGCCUUCAUUACCUACUUCGUUUCGGUUCCUAACGGAUCUUAGAUCGUUGUGCCUAGAUGACUGCAUUUUGGAAAAUAUGGAUGCAAUAGAAGCUUUGCAAAAUUUAGAAAUUCUCAGACUCUGGAAAUCUUCAAUGAUCAUGUUGCCAAGAGAAAUAGGGAGAUUAACUCAAUUGAAAAUGCUUGAUUUGAGCCAUUCGGGAAUAGAAGUAGUUCCACCCAACCUGAUAUCAAGCUUGACUAAAUUGGAGGAGUUGUACAUGGGCGAUACCUCUAUUAAUUGGGCAGAUGUGAAUUCUACAGUUCAAAAUGAAAAUGCUAGCAUUGCCGAGCUUCGAAUGCUACCCAACUUGACAGCUCUAGAAUUACAAAUUCGCGAGACUUGGAUGUUGCCAAGGGACUUGCAACUGAUGUUUGAGAAGCUGAAAAGAUACAAAAUAGCUAUUGGAGAUGUAUGGGAAUGGUCUGACAUUGAGAAUGAAUCCUUAAGAACAUUAAUGCUUAAACUUGGUACCAACAUACAUUUGGAGCACGGAAUUAAAGCAUUGAUUAAAAGUGUUGAGAAUUUGUACUUGGAUGACGUGGAUGGUAUUCAAAAUGUUCUUUAUCAACUAAAUGGGGAAGGAUUUCCAUAUCUAAAACAUCUCCACGUCCAAAAUAAUGCACACAUGAACCACAUAGUUGACUCUAAAGAGAGAAAUCAAAUCCAUGUGUCCUUUCCCAUCUUGGAAACUCUGGUACUUGAUAAUCUUAAAAACUUAGAGCAUAUAUGUCAUGGUCCACUUUCAGCUACUUCUUUUGGAAGUCUCAAUGUUAUCAAAGUCAAGAAUUGCUUCCAGCUAAAAUAUCUUCUCUCCUUUACUUUGAUUAAAGAACUUUCUCAUCUUUCUAAGAUCGAAGUUUGUCAGUGCAAUUCUAUGAAGGAGAUAGUGUCCGCAGACAACAAUUCAAGUGCAAAUAAUGAAAAAAUUGAGUUUCUUCAAUUGCAUUCUUUGACUUUAGAACAUUUGGAGACACUUGAUAAUUUCUUCUCUAAUUAUUUGACACACUCCACAAGUAUUCAAAAGUCUUUUUUCAAUGCCCAGGUUGCAUUUCCUAAUUUGGAUACCCUUAAACUGAGCUCACUCAAUUUGAGUAAAAUUUGGGAUGAUUAUUCCAUGUACAACUUGACUAGUUUGAUUGUGGAGGAUUGUGGCGGAUUGAAGUAUUUAUUCUCUUCUACUGUUGUUAGAAGUUUUAAAAACCUCAAACACCUUGAAAUAAGUAAUUGUCCUUUGAUGGAAGAGGUAAUAGCUAAAGAAGAGAGAAAGAAUCUGUUGGAUGAGGUUCCUUUUUCCAAAUUAGAGAAAAUAAUAUUGAAGGACAUGGACAACUUGAAGACAAUAUGGCACCACCAGUUUGAGUCAUUGAAGUCGUUGGAAGUGAACAAUUGUGAGAAAAUUGUGGUAGUUUUUCCUUCUUCAAUUCAAACAACUUAUAAUAAGCUAGAGAUUCUGAAGGUUACAAAUUGUGCUUUUGUGGAAGAGAUAUUUGAGUUGACUUUCAACUGUGUAGAGGGUACAUCUAAUUUGAAAGAAGUUAAUAUAGAUGGAUUGCCGAAGCUGAAAAAGAUAUGGAGUAAGGAUCCUCAAAGAAUUCUUAGUUUUCAAAAUCUAACAAAUGUGCAACUUAUUGAUUGUGAAAUUUUGGAGUAUCUAUUACCAUUUUCUGUAGCCACUUGUUGUUCACAUCUCAAAGAACUUGUGAUAAAACAAUGUAGUUGCAUGAAGGAAAUUGUUGCAGAGGAGAAAGAAACAAGGCUGUGUGAAGCUCCCAUAUUUGAGUUUAACCAAUUGAAUACUCUAGUUCUUUGGAACACAAAAAAACUCAAGUGUUUCUAUGUUGGAAAGCAUACUCUAUUAUGUCCAUCUUUGAAGGACAUCUCAGUUGUCAAUUGUUUGAAAUUGAAUUUGUUUAGAACCCUUUCUACAAGCAGCUCUAAAAGUAGUUUUCAAUAUGACAAACUCUCAGUCAUAACUCAACGACCACUUUUCGUCGCCGAAGAGGUGAUUCCAAACUUGGAGGAGUUGAGGAUAAGACAAAAGGAUGCUGACAUGAUAUUGCAAGCCCAAAGCUCAAGUGCCCUUUUUACCAAAAUGACCAGUCUUAGUUUAGGAAUGUAUGAAAAUGAAGAGGCUACAUUUCCAUAUUGGUUUCUUAAUAAUGUCCAUACUCUUAAGGACUUAGUUGUUGAAUGUAGUUGCUUCAAGAAGAUAUUUCAAAAUGAAAGACAAACAAGUGAGAAGACUCGUACACAGAUCAAAAGUUUGAUGUUGUCUAAAUUACAUAAACUUCAACAAAUAUGUGAGGAAGGAUCUCAAAUUGACCCAGUUCUUGAGUUCCUAGAACUCUUAUGGAUUUUAAGUUGUUCUAGUCUGACAAAUUUGUUCCCUUCCACUGUCACCCUUAAUCAUCUGAAGUAUCUAGAGAUAAUAAGUUGCAAUGGUCUAAAAAGUUUAAUUACAACUCCAACAGCGCAAAGUUUGGUCAAACUCACAAUACUUAAGGUAAGAAACUGUAAAUCACUUGAAGAAAUAAUUACCGGAGUAGAAAGUGUUGACGUUGCAUUUAUUAGUCUACAAGUUUUGAUGUUGGAAUGUUUGCCAAGCCUCAACAAAUUUUGUUCUAGUAAGUUCUUCUUGAAGUUUCCAUUGUUGGAGAAAGUAAUUGUGAGAGAAUGUCCUUACAUGAAGAUAUUUUCAGAGGGAAACACAAGUACACCAAAUCUUCGAAAAGUUAAAAUUGCUGAAAAUGAAGAGGAAUGGCAUUGGAAGGGAAACCUAAAUGAUACAAUAAAAAAAAUGUUUGAAGACAAGGUUGCAUUUUCUAAAUUCAAAUAUUUAGCCUUAUCGGACCACCCUGUGCUAAAGGAUUUAUGGUAUGUCCAAGUUGAUCAUCAGAAUGUAUUUUGCAAUCUGAAACAUCUAUUGGUGCAGAGAUGUGAUUUUUUAUCACAUAUACUUUUUCCAUCAAAUGUUCUUCAAGUGCUACGUGGAUUGGAAGAACUAGUAGUAUACAACUGUGAUUCAUUAGAAACCAUAUUUGAUGUUAAAGGUAUGAAGUCUAAUGAAUCAACAUUGAUAAAGCAAAGCUGUCAAUUGAAAACCUUGACUUUGUCUUGCUUACCAAACUUAAAGCACAUAUGGAACGAGGAUCCUCAUGAGAUUAUGAACUUUGGAAACAUAUGCUCAGUGAAUGUUUCUUUAUGCCAAAGCUUGUUAUACAUCUUUUCAUUGCCACUAUGCCAAGAUCUUGGAAAUCUUGAAAUGCUUGAGAUAGAUUCUUGUGGAGUCGAGGAUAUUGUUUCAAUGAAAGAAGGAUCAAUGGAAAUCAGUUUUAAUUUUCCACAACUAAAUGCAUUGGUACUACGUAGUUUGACAAAUCUAAAGAGUUUCUAUCAAGGAAAACAUACUUUAGAGUGUCCUUCAUUGAAGACUUUGAAUGUAUAUCGUUGUGAAACAUUAAGAAUGUUUUCCUUCAACAAUUUAGAUUUGCGACAACCUGAUGAAUAUUCUCACCAAGCCCUUUUUUCAAUGGAAAAGUUAAGCACCAACCUGGAGGAAUUGGCAAUAAAUGCCAGUGAUGCCUUUAGAAUGUUGAAUGAUCACUGUCAAGAAAAUUUCUUUCCUAAAAUACAAUUUCUUCGUUUGCAAGGCUUCGAUGAAACUCCAACUAUUUUCUUGAAUGAUUUCCUUGCAAUAUUACCUAAACUAACAACUCUUCAGUUGCGUAAUAGUUGUUUUGAAACAUUAUUCCCUUCAAAAGGAACUCCUGGAAAUCUCGAUGACAAACUUUCUAAGAAAAUAAAAGAGUUGUGGCUUUAUGAAUUGGAAAAGGUCAAGUAUAUUUUGCACGAAGGUCUUCCAUUGGAUCUUGAAGUUUUAUACGUAAAUAGCUGUCCAAGUUUGAUAAGCUUGGUAUCAUCGUCCACAUCUUUUACAAAUCUAACCACUUUGGAGGUGGAGAAUUGCAAAGAGAUGAUUUACUUGAUAACAUCUUCAACAGCUAAAAGCUUAGUUCAACUCAAAGAAUUAAAAAUAAAGAAUUGUGACAAGAUGUUGGAUGUUGUAAAGAUUGAUGAUGAAAAAGUAGAGGAAGACGUCAUAUUUGAAAACUUGGAAACCUUAAAAUUCAUUUCUUUGUUAAGUUUAAGAAGCUUCUCCAAUGGGAAACAAACAUUCAUAUUCCCAUCUUUGGUGCGUUUCGUUGUUAAAAGUUGUCCUCAAAUGAAGAAUUUCUCAUUAGAUGUCACAGAAGCACCAUACCUGACAGGAAUUGAAGUUGCAGACAAAAAUAUACGAUGGAAAGGUGAUCUUAACACAACUAUUGAACAAUUGUUCUUAGAAAAGGAAGCCCCACAUUCUAAUGGGACCAUCUUAUAAUCGUAUUCGCAAGAUGAUGAGAUCGCAUGUGAAGAUGGUAUCGAUGCAGAAUCUAAGGAGUGAUCGGCAAUACCGUAUCAGAGAGGAUCAGAAUACGAUUUCCAUUCUUUUAACCAAGCAUGACCAAUUGGACUCAGGGAAAUGUCUUGUAAAGGGCGAUAUUGAAAUUAAUACCCAAAAAGUUGAACCUGAAAACAGCAAACUUGGUGACCUGCAGGAUCCUGAGACUCGAUCAACUGUCGAGAAAAUGAUGUUUGAUCAGAGGUAGAAAUCCAUGGGCCUUCCUACAAGUGAGGAGCUUAAUAAACAAGACAUGGUGAAGAAAUUUAGGAGUCAGCAUCCUGAGCUGGACUUCUAGAGGCCAAAAUCAUCUUAGAAUGGUGCUAUGGUUUUGGCAAAAUAAUCUUUAGUUCACAAACAUGUUUUGUUGAAAACACAUUGCCUUUAUUUGUAUUAAACAUAUUUUAGAGUUUUAGACCUUUGCAUAAUAGAAAAGAGAAGCCAACCAAUUUUGCAAACCAACAACAACCUGUCAAGUAAAAUUCAGAUUGAGACAGUUAGCUGCAGCAUGCGCAGAAUUGAGAACACCAACAAACUGAGUCGAACAGAAUGAGCGUGCCGAUUUAGCCUUAUCUUGUUCGAAUCGUCCACCGCCUAUUCUUCCUGCUGCUUUUCUUUUAAAUACUUUUCUAACAUUCUAAUGGAUUUAAACUCCACUUAUAGAAAAUGUAACAAAAUGAUGAGCUUUUCAACCUCAUAAAACAGUACCAGGAAUAUAACUUAAUAUCCUCUACCAACUGAUUCAAAUCAACCAUAUCACCUUUGACUAUAAUCCUAUGUCUUGCAAGCCAAAUCUUCUAAGAUGUAAUCAUCCAAAUUAAAUUUCUAACUUUUAAAUUUAAUAUUUCCCCAAAAUUUGUGUGGCACCUAAAGCAUAAUGUGGUGUGCUAUUAAAAUGAAUAAAAUGCAAAAAAUUAUUAUGGCACAUGAGACUUUUCACCAACAUUUAACCUAAAU